AGGAAGCUGGUCAGCACUCCUCAUAUCCGAUGUUUCUUAGCAACAGCAUCCCAAAAAUAACAACAAAAAAAACAGAAAUAAUUUUCAAACAUUAAAAUAACCCAUCAACAACCUGUUAUUAAUUAGGGAAGUGUUUUGGAUCAAUUUCAUUCACAAACAGCUUCAAGCCAAUUCCUUCCCUCUUCCUCUUCAAUUCUUUUUUUCAUUUCUACUCCACCUGUGUAAUUGAUGAUACAACUUUGGAUGAGGAAUAAGUAUUGGUAAGGGAAUUGUUGAUUGUUUCAUGGGCAACACAUGCCGCGGAUCUUUCAAGGGCAAACUUUAUCAGGGCUACAAUCAGCCCGAGGAGUAUUCUACCACUUCCAAGCGCAACACACCCUCUGACUGUUCAACAACUGACAAUUCUUCCUUGAACUCACAACAGCUCGUAGCAAAGGAAAUAUCCAAAGAAAACCGCCAAAAGGAUCACCAUUUGCCUCUUGUUAGCCCCUUCAAGAAAGAUAACAUCAUGAAGCGUGUUGAUAAUCAGGCUUACUAUGUUUUGGGUCAUAAAACUCCUAAUAUCCGUGACCUCUACACUUUAGGUCAUAAAUUGGGGCAAGGGCAGUUUGGGACUACUUAUUUGUGCACUGAGAUUGCCACAGGCCGGGAGUAUGCUUGUAAGUCUAUAUCAAAAAGGAAACUGAUCUCCAAGGAGGAUGUGGAGGAUGUUAGGAGGGAGAUCCAGAUAAUGCACCAUUUGGCGGGUCACAAGAAUAUUGUGACCAUCAAAGGUGCUUAUGAGGAUACUUUAUAUGUCCAUAUUGUGAUGGAGCUUUGUUCUGGAGGUGAAUUGUUUGACCGGAUCAUCCAAAGAGGUCAUUAUACUGAGAGGAAGGCAGCUGAACUGACCAAGAUUAUUGUUGGGGUUGUUGAAGCUUGUCACUCUCUCGGGGUUAUGCAUAGAGAUUUAAAACCUGAGAACUUUUUGUUGGUUAACAAGGAUGAUGAUUUUUCUCUCAAAGCGAUUGAUUUUGGGCUCUCUGUCUUCUUUAAACCAGGACAAAUUUUUACUGAUGUGGUUGGAAGCCCAUAUUAUGUUGCUCCUGAGGUACUCCUCAAGCAUUAUGGACCAGAAGCAGAUGUAUGGACUGCAGGCGUCAUACUGUACAUAUUGCUAAGUGGUGUGCCUCCAUUUUGGGCAGAAACACAGCAGGGAAUAUUUGAUGCAGUUUUGAAAGGACACAUUGACUUUGAUUCAGAUCCAUGGCCCCUAAUAUCUGAUAGUGCGAAAGACCUUAUCCGGAAGAUGUUAUGCUCUCGACCUUCGGAGCGCCUUACUGCCCAUGAAGUGCUAUGUCAUCCUUGGAUUUGCGAAAAUGGAGUUGCCCCUGAUAGGGCUCUUGAUCCAGCUGUCCUUUCUCGCCUCAAACAGUUCUCUGCAAUGAAUAAAUUAAAGAAGAUGGCUUUACGGGUAAUAGCUGAAAGUCUUUCUGAGGAGGAGAUUGCAGGAUUGAGAGAAAUGUUUCAGACAAUGGAUACGGACAACAGUGGAGCAAUUACAUUUGAUGAACUCAAAGCUGGUUUGCGAAGAUAUGGCUCUACGCUGAAAGAUACAGAGAUACGUGACCUUAUGGAAGCUGCUGACGUGGACAAUAGUGGGACCAUUGACUAUGGGGAAUUUAUAGCUGCAACUGUUCACCUGAAUAAAUUAGAACGUGAGGAACAUCUUGUUGCGGCAUUUCAAUACUUUGAUAAGGAUGGAAGUGGUUAUAUUACAGUUGAUGAGCUUCAGCAAGCUUGUGCUGAACAUAAUAUGGAUGAUGUUUUUCUUGAAGAUAUAAUCAAAGAAGUUGAUCAAGAUAAUGAUGGAAUGAUUGAUUACAGUGAAUUUGUUGCCAUGAUGCAAAAAGGCAAUGCAGGAAUUGGUAGGCGAACCAUGCGAAACAGUCUGAAUAUGAGCAUGAGAGAUGCUCAGGGUGCUCAAUAGUUCAGUCAAGCACAUCAUGUACAGGUCGUACGGCGCAAGGGCAGAGAAGAAGAUGAUAUGAGAAGAAGCUUUGGAAAAUCAGUUUGGUUCGUUCCAGGCUCCAGUGCUUUGUUCAGCAGUUCGGUUAUAUGGAGAGUUCUGUGUUCGAUCAUUUUCUCACUUGUUAUUGGUUGUUGAAGCUGUGUGACUCACGAAUGCAUUUAUAAGUUCUGUAAACUUCAGAGAAUUUUAAAUUUGACUGUAACUAACAAUUACCAAGUCAUUAGCAGUGUUUCGGAAUUGAAGGUUUGUGUUGAUUUCUUAAUGAAUUGGACAAGCAAAAUGGUGUGCUUUGAACUAGCCUGGUUUUCCUAUUCAGGAUUGAUCGAGCAAAUUAAUGGAGAGGUCAGUU